AUGGAUCGUGGGCAGAGCCUGGGAGCGGUGCACCUGCGACUGCUACAGCUUCUGUGGCUGCUGCCCCGCUCCUGGGCCGGCCCGGCAGCCCCUGCUCAGGCUUGGCAGGAUGAGCCGCAGAACCACACGUUAUUGCACACGGUGUUCUGUCAGCUUGGAAGCCCCAGUGUGGGGCUCUCUGAGACCUACGACUCGGACCUGCUCUUCUCCUUUGACUUCACUCAUAACACCAGCGUGCCGCGCCUGCCCGAGUUUGCCGACUGGGCCCAGGAGCAGAGUGACAUCCCUGACAUUUUAUUUGACAAAGACUUCUGUCAGAAGAUGGUCCAGAUAAUCGGCCCAAAACUGGAGGGGCAGAUCCCAGUCUCCAGAGGUUUCCCAGCUGCUGAGGUCUUCACACUGAAGCCGCUGGAGUUCGGCAAGCCCAACACGCUGGUGUGUUUUGUCAGUAACCUUUUCCCACCCAUGCUGACAGUCAGCUGGGAGCACAAUUCCAAGCCAGUGCAAGGAGUCGGGCCUACCACAGUGUCGGCCGUCAGCGGACUCAGCUUCCAGGCCUUUUCCUACUUAAACUUCACACCACAGCCCUCCGACCUGUUCUCCUGCAUCGUGACUCACGAGAUUGACCGCUACACGGCCAUCGCCUACUGGGUGCCCCAGGACGCGCUGCCUUCGGAUCUGCUGGAGAAUGUGCUGUGUGGCCUGGCCUUCGGCCUGGGAGUGCUGGGUAUCAUUGUGGGCACUGUCCUCAUCGUCUCCUUCCGCAGGCCUUGCUGCAGUGACUGAUUUCUCCUGACCAGAGCUGGAUGCCAGCCAGCAGCUUCGCCCUCCAAGCAGGAGAUGGUCGAGGCUCACACAGCCCACUGGGAUCUCUACUUUUUGGAGCAUAAGUCCCCAGGACUGCCUGCCCCUGUGUGUGUGUGUGCGUGUGCAUGAAUGUGUAUGUUUGCAAGGUGGAUAUUUUGCUGGGGACUCUGUUGUCCCUGGCCUACCUCUGGGAGACAUGCAAUAAAUGUCAUCUUUU